AUGUCAAUACGCUGGAUCCCCGUUUUUGUGUGCUUCAUUUUGGUCAUCCUAGGUCAACAGUUGGCUAUGGGAGAACAAAGACGUUGCCGAUGUCUUGCAGACAACCCGUUGUGUUGGCCAAAUGUAUCUGCAUGGCAAAUGUUCAACGCGAGUAUUGGUGGACGUCUUCUAUUACCUAAACCAUCGGCAGCUGUAUGCAAUGGAAAAACAUAUGAUGCUCAGGCGUGCACUAUAGCCAAAAUGCAAUGGAUAAAUUCAACGUGGCGUGGUGAUCAACUGGGUGCCAUGCAAAACCAUAACUGGGAAAAUAGUUCAUGUUCGAUUUCGACGAAUAAUACUGCAUGCAAUCAAGGUUCUGUACCUGUAUACGGCGUUCGUGCAGCAUCACCUGAGCAUGUUCAAGAAACUGUUCGAUUCGCUACUGCGAACAAUCUUCGUUUAGUUAUCAAAAGUACUGGACAUGAUUACCUAGGUCGAUCGACAGCUGCUGGAUCUCUACUUUUAUGGCUUCAUCAGAUGAAAACAAUGACGUUGAUUCCACGUUAUUCAUCUUGUAGUGGUGAAACUAUAUCUAAUGCGGCUCGUAUUGAUGCAGGUGUUCAAUGGGGUGAAGCGUAUCGAUGGCUGAAUGAAUACAAUUUGACAGCUAUUGGUGGAGCAUCUGCCACUGUCGGGGUAGCUGGGGGCUAUUUGCAAGGGGGUGGCCACAGUCCAUUAUCUCGUUGGAAAGGCUUGGCUGCUGAUCAAGUACUCGAAUAUGAUGUUGUAACUGCAGAUGGGCAACGACAAACAGUAAAUGUAUGUAAUAAUGGUGAUUUAUUCUGGGCAUUGAAUGGUGGUGGUGGUGGCACUUAUGCCAUUGUACUUUCCGUUGUUCUAAAAACGUUUCCUACGCCAAGUGUUGCUGUUGCUACAUACGAAAUAACAGCACCAAAUACGGCUCGGUAUAGAAAAUUGGUAGAAGAUUGCAUUCGGUUUGUAUCAACAGUUAUUGAUGCUGGUUGGUCUGGCUAUUUCAGUAUGGCAGAUAUGGUAUUCAGGGGUAUAUUUCACGUACCCAAUGGAGAUUUAGCGGCAGUCACCAACGCACUAAGAGAAUUUGCAGCUAGGAAUCCUGAUUUAGAUUUUGGAAAGACAUUGUUUUUCAGUUUUUCAUCAUUUUAUGAUUAUUUUAUGUUCGCAUUGGAACCAUCGAACCCUACUGGAUUCAAUGUCCUACUCAGUUCACGGCUCAUUCCAGAAACAACCGUUCGUAAUUUACCAGAAAAGGUUGCUGACGCCUUUUUCAAAGCGCGAGGCCAAUCAGGGAAUGGAUCGGUACUUUUAGGUCAUAUCGUAGCCGGUGGACAAGUAUCACACAUAUCAAACACAAAUAAUAGUGUCAAUCCAGGCUGGCGUACUGCUCUGCUUCACAUGGUCUAUUCUCAAGGUUGGUUAGAUACAACGCCCGAAGAUAUUCAACAAUUCUUAGCUACAGAAGUCACACGUCGAGCAACAAUUUUAGAUGAAUUAUCAACGAAUUCCCAGUUAAGUUGUUACACCAAUGAAGCUGAUCCAAACGAAGUAAAUUGGCAAACGAACUUUUUUGGUUCACAAGCUAUUUAUAAUCAAUUGAAAGCUAUCAAAGAUAAAUAUGAUCCACUUGGACUGUUUGUUUGCAAAAAUUGUGUUGAUUCUCCAAUUCGUCAUUUAAUAGCUGAUCUUGAACAGACACGUGAACAACUUGAUGACGAACAACAAGCUAAGAGUGAACUUCAAAAGACUAUUACUAAACUUACUCCUGAAGUGCAACAAUGGCGAGCUCGUUUUGAAUCUGAAGGUGUUGCUCGUAGUGCAGAAUUUAAAGAAGCUAAAUGA